AUGCUUGGCGAUGGAGAACGCGGCGGUUUAUCGCCGCGCUCAUUGCUGGCUAGCGCCAAUAUGGUGCGACAACAGAGCGACACCACUGGAGUGCGACGACUCGUGCGUGGUGCAGCUAUCGAGGAUGAUCGGCCACAGACUAGUCAGGCAUCAUCGUGGAUUCUUAAACUCGUCCAAAGUUCGAAAUAUUCCAUUGUUGACACUACUUCCUCCUCUAGUCUUUGCGUGUAA